AUGGGUGUUGAGGGUCCUGGAAACGAUUUGGGUAUUACCCCUGCGACCAAAGUUGGUAACAUGCGCGUUGCCCAGAAGCAUAGAGAUUCAGGUGAGAAGCCGUUAUCUCGCGAGGAAUUGAUGGAGCAGGCUAGGGAAUACAAUUCAGAAAUUGUUGCCCAGCCAAAACAUGACUUUGAGACUCCAGAAGAUUUGCAAAUCCACGAUAGAACAAUUUACCAUAGCCAACAAAAACCACAACCAAAAGUUACGAAGCCGACGACGCAAGUUCAACCUCGCAUCUGCCAGCCCCGCAAUAAUUAA